AGGGCUUUCGGCUCGAGGUCGGGUCGGGCCAUGGCCGCACCAGAUGAGCUGGUGGCGUUGAAUGAUCGCUUGGAAGGCAGCAAGGAGGCACGUGGUGUUCGCGGCGGUCUCGGGCGUGUCAAGGGUCCGCAGCAAUCUCCUUGGGGCCAAGGCUUCUUCGCGGCAGCUCGAGCCAAGUGGGCACCGGCGGGGACAGACCCCCUCUACCGGCGCUUCACCCGCGGGCCUGUGUUGGGCGGCGGUGAGGAGCAGAUUUGGCAGGCGCACGCCAAGGCAACGCUGCUGGAUGCCGGUGGAGAGAUGACCUGGCAAGAGCUGCGAGACAAGGUGGUCGCGCGGCGUCACCAGGACUUCGCUGAAGGAGAGGAUCCCGACACCUCUUUGUGGCCAUGGCUGGCGUUGGCACAUCUUCCAGCAGAGUUCCUCAGCGAGGAGGAUGCUAUGGUCAGAAUGGAUGCGGAUGACUGAUCGGCUUGCACUUGCGUGUCAUCAAGGUUGUUAACAGGCAGUGCAUUGGUGCGCUUCCGGCCAAGCCUUGGCAGCUUGUUUUGCAAUCUGCGUUAAUGCCUGCGCGUCUCACUUGGACAAAGGGCCGCGGGGCGCGCACCUGUUUUGCAAAAGUAUGUUGCAUAGCUGUCCAGUGCUAGAAUCAAUGCCAGGAGUGCAGCAGUGCAAGCAGUGCGAUUUGCUGAUUCAUGAGUUUUUGCAGGCCUGGCCCGCAGAAGGAUAGUGCC